CGACCGGUAUGCUCACGCGCGUGCGAAGACCCCGAUGUCCGAGCCUCCGCAGUGCUGCAUCUGUCUGGAUGAGUUCAGCAGCCCUGCUCUCCUGCCCUGUGGACAUUGCUUCUGCCUGGGCUGUAUCGGCGAAUACUGGAGGAUCCAGGCGGCCUGUCAGUGCCCACUCUGCAAGGCCUCUUUCCCCACGAGGCCUCAGCUUAUCGCGGCCCAAACGCCGCGCGCCGCCGCCCCGAGCGAGGAGGCGUCGGCGCCUUUUAAAGCCGGGGAGGUUCCCUGUGAUCUCUGCCCGGCGAAGCGCAGGGCGGUCAAGUCCUGCCUGGCGUGCCUGGCCUCCUACUGCGCCGCUCACCUGGAGCCGCACUACCGGAGAGAAGAUCUCGGGCGCCAUCUCCUGAUCGGCGUGGGGAAGAACCUGGAGGACUCGGUGUGCAGGCUGCACGGGAAGCGGUUGAACAAGUUCUGCAGGAGCGAUCAGACGUGCAUCUGUGCCAUGUGCGCCCAGACGGAACACAGGGGCCAUCGCAUUAUUUCUGUCAACAGGGAGGCGACAAAGAAGAAGGUUAAACUAAAAUUGAGAAGGAUGAAAGUUCAGCAAGACAUUCAAGAGAGAUUGAGUAAAGUUGAGAAGAUCAAGCUCUCCGUAGGCCUCAGUGAAAAGAAUCCAAAAGAGGAAAGAGCUCAGAACAAAGAGCUCAUCGGACAACUGGAGGAAGAAAUCUCUGAGCUGGAGAGGAGGAGCGCUGAGCUGGAGCAGCUGGAGCAGACCGAAGACGACCUCCACUUCCUGCAGACAUGUUCAGGUUUGUCCUAACAGGUGGACUUAAGGUGGACUGACACCUUCAGGUGGACUUAAGGUGGACUGACACCUUCAACUGACACCUUCGAGAUAUCUUCGUGGGAGAAAAAUCCAGAGCGGCAGACAUAGUUACCGAUAGACUUUCUGGUGGAGGUAAUAGUUUGGGACCUCUUGAAAAUGGCAAAUUCUCCUUUUUACGCAUCAUUUUUUUCCGGGUAUAAACAAAAAGAAUACCUUCAACCAGAGAAACGCUCUCUGUUCCCAAUGUUUACAGUAUUUAUGUUAAACUAAGCUAACUGGCUGCUGUUUCAUAUCUGAUAUGUAUCUUCUCAUCCAACUCUCUGCCAGAAAGAAAAAAAGUGUUUGGUCCAAAAUAAAACCUCCAAGUUCAGCAGA